CGAGAAUCGUGGGGUGCGCAUCUCCUCGCGAGAGGCAACGUGAAUGGUCUCUUGCGCAACUGAGGGAAACAUCGAAGAGCUUAUGGCAUUCAAUCCAUGCUCUAUGUAAAGUGAGCCUAAAAAAUAUUGGCGCAUACAGCCACAACUGGACUCAAAUCUUCAAGUAGGGUCUAGUGGCGCAGUUCCAGUGCGUGGGUUUUCUAAUUUCAUGAAAGCAGGUGCGAAAUUCGUGCGGAGACGUGUUUUAUCCCAGGAGAGGGAUUUGCGUGUUUUCUCGCGUGAGCUCCCCACUCAGAUAGACGUGUCUAGGCCUAUUCAAACAUGCCAUUUUAAUUUCUAGACUCAUGAAGGCUGCAACAGAGGCUGCCAGUGGCGUUUGUGGAGUAAGUUAAACAAUUUCACUGAAGAGCUUGUUUCUGAUAGUUGUUUUGAUUUAUUUAACUUUUAUUUUGAUUGGUUUGUCAGACGUUUUACCGGUAGACUGAUUUAGGAACACAAUGUAUAAAAGGUUACUAGAGCGGUUUUCACUUGACUGUCGAAAGGGAUUGGUUUUGGUUUUGGUUUUGGUUUUACUACGCCCUUAGGUUGGAUAGUGUAUUUACUUUGGUUUUGGUUUUACGACAGUCAAGUGAAAACCGCUCUAACAGAUUUCAUGUAACCAAUCCUACCUUGAAAAGCCAAAUAAACUCCUACGUUUUACGUAAGGAUAUAAGAUAUGCAGUUUGCGGAGGUAUUUUUUUACCUUGAUGAUGACCUAGUGUCAAAAAUGUUUACAGGUUUCUUUUUUUAAUAUAUUUUUAGUUCACUUUUUAAACCUAAGCAAAUUUUAUGGACAGAUAUAAUUUCAAUCACCAAAUUUCAGAGUUUUAUCCACAGACACUCAGGGGCAUCAUAAGUUCACUGUUUUGAGCUUAUAAUUAGGUGGGAAAUGUGGGGCAAGUUUGUGUAAGAAUAAUGUAAUUGUAUCCAUUUUUACUGUAUCAGGCCUCUGCUUUUAAUGCCAGCUACUCGGAUGGUGGUCUUUUUGGAUGUUAUGUUAUUGCGGAGGCUGCGAUUGCACCACAGGUAAUAAUGAUAUUAAUAAUCAUCAUCAUAAUUGUGUGGUCUUAAUAGUGUCGUAUUUCUAUUUGUUUACAAACCAGCUAGUUCCUUUGUGAAGGAUCUGGCAAAGGAGUAGCUAUUGGGGAGGGGAGUAGCUCCUUGUGGAGCGGAGCGGGGGCAGGCAUAUGACAAGGGUGGAUAUGCUUGUCGUCUUGUUUAGGUGUGUAUAUUGUAGGAACGCUGAUGUAUUUUGACCUUUUGGUUCCACUGCACUGUGACAAUCACUAUGUCCAGCUGACUGACAUUGUUUCUGCAGGUUAUGAAAUCAGUUAUUGGCCAGUUCUCCAAGGCUUCUAAAGGAGAUAUCUCUGAUAAAGACGUAACACGAGCUAAGUGAGUGCCGAGUCUUAGUUACUCAAUGUGAUAUCUUCAAGGAAGAAUAGUAGCCGCACCCACAUUGUUUCCGAUGUACCCUGCUCCACAUUUUGGGAGGGAACUUUUUUUCCCCGAAAAGCCCAAAAAUUAGAACAACACGUUAAUUUUAAUUAAAUGCCAAUUAUGUUGUAAGAUAUCACCGGUAGAACAGCAACUCUACAAUAAAACUCAGGAGGUUACAUUUGAAUGGUUUUAGAAAUCAAUAAAGUUUUCGCUCGAAGCGAUCGCUUAACUGGAUCUGCUUUUAAAUUAGCGAUGUUGUAAUAUUCUGAGAUGCACUCUGCCGCUUCAAGUCUUUUGUUUUUUCUUAGGCCUAGCUGCAAUUCCAAACGCAAUUUUGACCGUUGAUAAAUUUGAUGUUUCGUGUUUUUCGUUUUAAUUGAUGCGGAGCUAUUGAUACUCGUAGUGUCUCCAAUUCCGGAGAUAUUAAUAAAUGAGUUGUUUUGUUUUUUGGUCCUCGAUGAAUCAUGAAAUAUAUAAGUAUCGCAAGUUUUGUACUUUAGGAAUCAGAUGAAGGCGCAUUUGCUUAUGAACAGUGAAAGCCAAGAUACACUGUUUGAAGAUAUUGGCUCUCAGGUGAGUUCUAUUAUUUAUAUACCAAAUAAGAGAAUAAAUUCUAAGGCGUCUUCUCUUAUUUUGCUUUGAGACGUGAACUCAAUUCGUUUUUUAAACUUAGAUACAGUUCUUAAGAAUCAAAUUCCAAAAAAAUUCACCUACGUUUUACAACUUGAACUACACGGAAUAAGAGCGGUAAAUUUUGAAUGAAACGGCGUGAAUUCACUCUUUUAAAGACGUUUUCGCUACCUCCGUCGACGGUGCUUCAAAUCCCUGAUAAUGAUGAUGAUGAUGAUGAUUUUUUAACAUUCUUAGGAAUCUUAUUUGUUAUGAAAUUCUUGUGAAUUAAAAUUUAUAGGUUUAAAACAGUUCAAUAGUUUGUACGUUAAAAUGGCGGCGAAUUAACAACCUGUGCGUUAUGUCUGUCUAUUGUUUAGAUACUAGCGAAAGGAAGUUACACGUCAGCUGAAGCAGUUGCCGCUGCAGUCGAUUCCAUUACAAAGAGUGACAUUUUGACGGUAAGGACACCGCAGGCUCUCACCCACUUUGCUGUAGCCUUUUGUUCUGGCGCAGUUUUUUAAGAUGGCUUUUCAAAAUGGCAGAUAAGAGACCAGGAAAAUUCACCUGAUUUUCAUAACUCUAGAUGUAGUUUUGACACAUGUUUAAUUCAUGCCUCAUGUACCCCAAGUGGGUUAUCUUAGGGCGCUUUCCGUUUGUCAAAACUGACCGGCCAGACCAUCCCAGUAGUAACGAGAAUUUCACUUUUAAUCACAACUAUCCAACUAGAUCAGUCAAAACCUAAAUACUAAUGCACAAAGGAGAUGGUUUUUCAGCAAAAACUCUUGGGAAAAAGCUAUUUCACUGUCAAAAUGACUGCUCCAGCUAUGGUCCGGCAGGCCAGUUCCGACUUUUGGAAAGCGCUGUUAGUAGAUAAUCAAGCCUGAGGACCAGCUUUUUGAAUUGACGGUCCUGAAGAAUUUCCACUCUGCCUAAGCCAGUGGCAAGACAAGACAAAUUAUUUUAUUUGGGGUCUUAUACCAGCUGGUUCAUCGACUGUUUUCCAAAUAAUUUAAAAUCACAAUCUUCUAUGUUAAGCUAUUUAUUACACUAUACAUAACAAGUUAUUACAAAUGGCGAUAGUUACAUACACACAGACACAGUGACAUAAUUAUUUUGAUCUAUUUUUUGUCCUCCUUCUUGUUUCUUAUUUUAAAGCAUUCGAACACAUACUUUGGGUUUCAGUCUUCUCGUCAGGGGGCAUCUGUGUUGGAUUAACCCGUUAAGCUCCAAGCCCCAAUAUCUGUGUAGAAAUUCUCCAAACUGAUCUCCAUACAUUUCUUCAAUGAAUUAGUUGAGAGAAUUUGUUUAAAGGUCAAUUCAUUUUCGUGUGGGUUAUCAUUUUGUAAAUUCUCCUAACUCUCUCUCUUGAUGAUGUAUAGAUGUUGUUAGGAGAAAACUGAUAUUCUUCACUCUUGGGAGUUAAAGGGUUUAGAUAUACUUUUGAGCUCUGACACUCUUUUUGUGGUGGUUUUGCCCUAACCACUCGUCCACGCUCAGACCAGGGCGGAUAAAGGUUGGGCUAUGAAACGAGCGCGUCCGAGCAAAAAGGUCUAAUGCAGUGGAUUCAGUUAUGAGCUACAGAUCAAAAUGGGGGGAGGAGUUGUACAAUGUCUUAAAUAAUAGGAGAAAAUAACGAAAAACAUUCAAAAUUUUUGGAAUUGAACUUUUUUCAAACUCACACUCAAACUAACUAAAAAGCGGUGAAAAUGUUUCGCGUUUUACCAGAGCCCGAGCUGUUUGAGAAGUAUGGCGGAAUACUGACAUUGAGCUGGCUUCAAACACAACGGAAGCGCAGAAAGAGCGCUUCUACUAAUCCUACCCCGCACCACACCUCGCUUGAAGAGCGGAGUGCUCGCGGUUUGAUCGCCCAACCUUUAUCCGCCCUGCACGCUACUGCCCGUCCUUCCACCCCAUCCCAUAUCCAAAGUGAGUAACUUCUGUGGCUACCUCUUUUGUAGGUGGCCAAACGCGUCUUCUCUGGCAAGCCUACGCUGUCUGCCGCAGGUGAUGUGUCAACAAUGCCGGGUUUGGAUGAACUCUUCUGA